AUGAGCACGCACCACGGUCCACAGUGGCUACCGGGGGCAGCAGCGUCGGGGCCUUUGACAGCCCUCAGGAAGCUGGACCCGGCAACCCCACAAGAUGGCGCCGCAGGCCAGAUGAGAGGCAGGGCGGAAGUGGUGAAGGGAAGCUGUGCUCUUCCUGGUCCUCGUUGGGAGGAAGUGGGGAAACACCAGAGGCGGCUACGCUGGGCUCUCUUUAACAGGCGAGCUACCACCGAGGCGGUCCGGGUGGGUGCAGGAAUGACGGUGCCCCUGCUCUGGCUGCGGCCCAGGCCUCCCGCCUUGCUGGGCCGCGGCGGGACGGCUGACGUGGGAGCGAAAGAGGACACUGAGCCGUGGUAUUCUAAGCAAGUUUUUGCAAGAUACUGGAAGCACUAUGACUUAGCCAUGCGCUGGAUGCAUAGACACCAGAAAGCCUACAGGAAAGCCAUGGAGUCCUUGUAUCACCUACCAUGGCAUCCUUAUGCAACCUCUCCAAAUAGCCACUACUCAGAUUGGGAUGGGAAUGAUCUCCCACAUACCCAAAACUAUUUUUCCUGCUAUAGACCAAUUGGUAGAGCUCCAUACUAUGGAGGAGCUCAGCAGUAUACAGGUGGUCACCAAGGGAGGGAGGAUGCUGACAGGGACUCCGAAAGAGAGGGUGACUCUGAGUCUGAAGAGGAGAUAGAAUAUGACUUGAGUAACAUGGAGAUCACGGAGGAGCUUCGGCAGUUUUUUGCACAGACAGAGAGGCACCGGGAAGAACUGCGGAGACAGCAGCAGCUAGAAGCUGAGCUCCAGUACGUGGAGGCUGAUCAAGACCUUCACAAAAGGACAGAGCGUUCUGUGCAGCCACCUUCAGAAAGACCUGGGGAGAGGCGAAUGGCUGAAAUGAAAAGACUGUAUGGUGCUGAAGCUGCAAAAAUCCAGGCAAUGGAAGCUGCCAUGCAGCUUAUCUUUGACAGAAACUGUGACAAAAAACAGCCCAAAUACUGGCCCAUUAUUCCCCUUAAGCUCCCUCUUAGCCAGCUGGCAUCCUGUUUUCUACUUUUCCAGUGGGCAUUGCUUCAGCUCAGAGUGAUCCUUUGGAGGGGGGGCAGUAGCCUAUGGUGA